AAUCGGCAUUUGCAAAGCGUCCUAAGCUGACGUCAGCCCGGUACCGAUGAACAACCGGUAGCGUUGAAGAGAGCUGUGUGUGAUAGCCCGUUGUUUGUAGCUUUGUCCGCUCAUACCCCCUGUCUAACGUGCAAACAUCAUGCCUUUCGAUGUAAGGAGAUUCGAUAUCUACAGGAAAGUGCCAAAAGAUCUCACCCAGCCCACAUACACGGGAGCUUUCAUUUCCAUCCUCUGCUGUGUCUUCAUACUCUUCUUGUUCCUGUCUGAGCUGACGGGAUUCAUAGCCACAGAAAUUGUAAAUGAACUGUAUGUGGAUGAUCCUGAUAAAGACAGUGGUGGGAAGAUAGAAGUGAGUUUAAACAUCAGUUUGCCAAACUUACACUGUGAUUUGGUGGGUUUGGACAUCCAGGAUGAGAUGGGCCGCCACGAGGUCGGUCACAUAGACAACUCCAUGAAGAUCCCUCUCAACCAGGGUGACGGUUGUCGCUUUGAGGGAGAGUUCACCAUCAACAAAGUGCCAGGAAACUUCCAUGUGUCGACACACAGCGCUACAGCGCAGCCCCAAAGCCCAGACAUGACCCACAACAUCCACAAGCUGGCCUUUGGAGAAAAGCUCCAGGUACAAAAAGUACAAGGAGCCUUCAAUGCGUUAGGAGGGGCUGACAGGCUGUCAUCUAAUCCUCUGGCCUCACAUGACUACAUACUGAAGAUCGUUCCAACAGUGUAUGAGGACCUAUCAGGGAAACAGAGGUUCUCCUACCAGUACACGGUAGCCAAUAAGGAGUACGUUGCUUACAGCCACACGGGCAGGAUCAUCCCAGCCAUCUGGUUCCGAUACGACCUCAGUCCAAUCACAGUCAAGUACACAGAGAGGAGACAGCCCUUCUACCGCUUCAUCACGACAAUCUGUGCCAUCGUCGGCGGGACGUUCACAGUCGCAGGAAUCAUCGACUCCUGUAUUUUCACCGCUUCAGAGGCCUGGAAGAAGAUCCAGAUUGGGAAAAUGUCAUGAGGACCGCUCCCCACUCCUCCCUACAUCGUAUUUAUAUAAGUGCAAAGUUGUUAGCCUGUUAGCUAAAUCCAGUCCUGCUCGAACCCACUUCCUUUUGGAGAUUCUAUCAGCGUGAUCAGUGAAGUGGCUCCGGCACUCGAUCUAACUACCAGGCUGCACGGCUGCGUCUCAGUUUCUUAAGCUCCACUCGGGGCUCAAUCUGCCCUGGUGACGCCGCUGACUAUCACAUGUCUGCUUCCUCCGUCUUCAGUGUCUUCAGUCUUUUGUUACUGUGGAGAUGAAGUACUGCGUGGCAGGGUUAAACCUGUAUGGGUAUUUGAAGGCUGCACCUGUGUUUUUUUUUUUUUUUUUUAAGAAUUUCAUUCAACACAAAUCGCAUAUAUUCAAUUUAUAGGGAUAUUUUCAAGUUAUGGCUCAAUGAUUAACAGGCAACAAGACAUAACUAAUUGUUUAUAUGAAUAAAAAGGUUAAUUUCUGUCAGUACAUGCAGUAAUAUCGGUCUAACCAUACUGCGCUUGUUUCCCCAGUACCGCAAAAGGGGAAUGAUCAUUUGAAGGAAGUGUUCUGGUUUAUAAAACUGGACUUUAAAGUAUUUCUGUAAUUUACACUUAAUAAAUACAUAAAUCAUGUUACGUUAUUUUUUUUCAGACCUUCUAAUUUUUAUCUCCAGUAUUCAAACUGUGUGCCUUUUAGGUUUCCUCUUCUACCAAACAGGGUUACCAUCAUCAUGUAUGUUUGUCCACUAAAACCAGUUGCACCUAUUGCAUGUAACUUACUGUUUAGAUUCACUUUUUAAGAGAUCAUUGUUUACCUUUCAGUCAUUGUAGUAUACCAAAUAUUUCACUGUUAAAGGUCCUAGCUUUGACUUUUUCCAUUACAUUUGAAUUACUGCAAAAAAUAUAGUGAAUGUCUUUUUUUUCUUUUUCUAAGAGAUCAAUUUAUUUAGUUACAUUUUAUUUUUUUUUACACGGUACGUGAACUUUUUUUUUAAAUUUUUUUUUAUUGAGUUUCUAUGAAGUUGUAAAGAAAAGAUUUGUAAGGAGAGAACCUGUAGGCCAAGGUGUUUUUUCCUCUUCCGUCAUUUUAUCUUUCUCUUGUACUGUUGUAUAAAAGACCUCUCUGAUCACAAGCCCUCGGAAACUAGUCUUUCUACUGAUAAGGUCAUUUACAUCCUGUUCUGUCUCAAAUGAGUCUGUAAUGCUUUGUGUUCCUCAAGUAAAGGUACCAUAAAAACCA